AUGAAAACAGUUGCAAAAAUGACAAAAAGAUCUUAUCAAGAUGAUAUUAAUUUAUUCCAUUAUUUGAAUGAUCAAACGAAAAAUUUAAAAGAUUGUAUUAUUGUAUGGUUAGAUUUACAAUUAUGUGCAAAACCAUAUCAUAUUGAUAAAUUACGAAGUGUAGUUAACUAUCUUAAAAUAUUUGAUAAUACAGAUGUUUUAUGGACACCAUUGCGUGGCAGUCCUGUUGAAAUCCCAGAUGAUGCUCGUUGGGAACAACAUGGUGUUACUGUUGCUGGAGGAAAUGGAGAAGGUAAUGAAACGGAUCAAUUCAGACUUCCCUUAGGUUUAUUUUUGGAUGAUGAGGAAAACCUUUACAUUGCUGAUGAAUAUAAUCAUCGUAUUAUGAAAUGGAGAGCGAAUGCAACAGCUGGCCAAGUAGUUGCUGGAGGAAACGGAGCAGGAAAUGAAACUCAUCAGUUACAAUAUCCAACAGAUGUGAUUGUUGACAAAGAGACAGAUAGUCUGAUCAUCUGCGACAAUGGUAAUAAGAGAGUGGUUCGAUGGCCUCGUCAAAAUGGUACAAGUGGAACAACGAUUAUAUCACACGUUGAUUGUCAUGGUUUGACCAUGGAUGAAAGUGGCUCUCUCUAUGUUAGUAUCUUCAGUGAAAGUUCGGUGAGACAAUAUGAAAGAGGAGAUUCUGAAGGAACAGUAGUUGCAGGUGGCAAUGGAAAGGGAAGAAAUUCCAGUCAACUCGAUGGACCAUACUUUGUAUUUGUCGAUCGAGAUCAUACAGUGUACGUCUCUGAUCUUUACAAUCAGCGUGUAAUGAAAUGGAAAAAAAAUGCUAAAUCAGGUCUUGUUGUUGCUGGUGGUCAAGGAUUAGGAAGUAGUCUUCAGCAACUUUACAAUCCACGAGGAGUCGUUGUUGAUCAAUCAGGUACUCUUUAUGUGGCUGACGAUACCAAUGAUCGAAUCGUACGUUGGACUGAAGGAGCUACACAGGGCAGUGUAAUUAUUGAUGGUAAAGUAGGAAACUGGAAAGGAGCCCAUAGUUUAACUUUCGAUCGCUAUGGUAAUCUGUACGUCAUCAAUUUUGAUAAUUAUCAUGUUCGACGCUUUAAUUUAAUCAAAUAA